AGCGUUUCGGAAGUGGACACGGCAGGGCACAGAAGGAAUCGAAGAAAAGGGCGGAGGAAAGGGAGCUUCCGAGGGGGGUUUAAAAAAAAAAAAAAAAAGAGAGAAAUCACCGCGACUUCUAGCACCUAGCCAAUUUACUAAGACCAACUUUCGUUUUGAAAGACUGAAGGGACAGCUGUGUGCUACGUAAUCUACAGUGAACGGCGUAUGAGCAUAAGUUCUCCUGCUGUCUCCCUGCUGGUGACUGCCUGUUUGCUUAGACUGCAGCUCCAGGGAAAAGGCAGAAAAGCUCCCGUCCUUCAGACAAGUUGGUCUUACAGUGCAGGCAGGCGGGAAGGUGACGGUGAGCUGCAGGGGCCAUGCAUCAAGGGUGAGGGGUGUUCGCUGUGGGGGAAACGCACAACUACAGGCAAGGAGGUCAGGGCCGGUCAGUGUGGAAAUGAAGCUCAAACAGCGCAUGGUGGUGCUGUGUGCCGUGCUCCUCCUGCUGGGCCUGGCCAAGAUCUUCCUGCUGGAUGGAGGUGAAGGAACUGCAGCCAGCCGGCGGGACCUCAGAGCGUUUCGCAAGAUGGAAGCUGGUCUUUCACUGUCUCGGGGCGCUCGCCUUACCAACACCCUCCAGUCUCCAUGGGAGAUAGCAAGCCAAUGGGUGGGCCCCAGAGAGGUGUACCCUGAAGAGACUCCAGAGCUGGCUGCUGUGCUUACUUCCCUGAGCUCUGCCAGGAUAGAGCGGGCAGAUGUGGGCUAUAAGGGCACACAGCUCAAAGCCUUGCUGGUGCUAGACGGAGGACAGAAAGUGGUCUUCAAACCCAAGAGGUACAACAGAGACUAUGUGGUCGAAGGAGAGCCAUACGCAGGCUAUGACAGACACAAUGCGGAGGUAGCUGCUUUUCACCUGGACAGGAUCCUUGGUUUCAGGAGAGCACCUUUGGUGGUUGGUCGAUACGUCAAUCUGCGAACUGAGAUCAAACCUGUGGCCACAGACCAACUUCUCAGCACUUUUCUCAUGCAGGGCAAUAAUACAUGUUUCUAUGGGAAGUGUUACUACUGUCGGGAGAGUGAGCCAGCAUGUGCAGAGGGUGAAAUCAUGGAGGGGUCAUUAACCCUUUGGCUGCCAGAUGUCUGGCCACUGCAGAAACACAGACACCCUUGGGGACGCACAUACAGAGAGGGGAAACUGGCAAGGUGGGAGUAUGACGAGAGCUACUGUGAGGCGGUGAAGAAGAUGCCCCCAUAUGAUGCAGGGCCAAGGCUGCUAGAUGUCAUUGACACGGCGAUUUUUGAUUACCUUAUUGGAAAUGCUGAUCGUCAUCACUACGAAAGUUUCCAGGAUGAUGGAGGUGCCAGCAUGCUUAUCCUUCUUGACAACGCCAAGAGCUUCGGGAACCCAGCUCUGGACGAGCGAAGCAUUCUUGCACCACUCUACCAGUGCUGCAUGGUUCGUGUGUCCACGUGGAAUAGAUUAAACCUGCUGCGAAGUGGAGCUCUGAGUUCAGCCAUGCGACAGGCUCUGGCAUUUGAUCCCAUUCACCCAGUCCUAGCUGAACCACACCUAGCAGCCCUGGAUAGGCGUCUAUCUGGAGUUAUAGCAACCAUAAAGCAGUGCAUGGAGGCACAGGGCCCUGAUAACACCCUAAUAGAGGAUCGAAUGAACCUACCACAUCCUUAAAAGGAAGGAAAGGAGAAAGGGAGGGGAAAAAAGCCAAGACUUUCCAGCCUGGACCUGGAGGGAGACGAGUGACCAAACAGAUCAGCUCUGGUGUUUAAAGAAGGGACAGCAAAGUGACAGGGUGGAAUAAAUGUUUCUCCCCCCUUUUCCCUUCUUUGUAAUGCUGACCACUUGCACUCGAGUGAUUCUCUAAAAGGUGCAAAAUCAUGGGAUUCAAAGAGUUGAAACUGUGUCACCGUUAACCAUUUAAACUUUCUCUCAGGACUGUUGUGCACUACAGGACGUGAUCUGCUGUAAGGACCGCUUCUUCUAUUACUACUGGUUUAGAUGACACUCAUGCCUUGUGCCAAAUCCUCUCUCCUGGUCACGCUUCUCCUUGACAGUCGGCUAAGGAGAAAGGAUGGAGAUGAACAUAUUCGAGAAAGGAGGAGGGAAUGUUAAAUUGAGCCUGUUGUGAGUUGUUGCUGGUUCAAGCAGUUUUGAGUUUACAGUCCAGGAAACUGAAAAUGUUUUUCUGUAGAAAUGACAGGAAAUUAAAAAAAAAUAUUUUUUUGAGCUGAUUUGUUUUUCUCCCUUUCCUCGAAUUGAAAAAUAACUCGAAGAAAUAGAGAACUGACUCAAUUCUGUGUACAUAAUCAAGUAACUAGUGAUGUAGAAUUAUGAGACAAAAGAGUAUAAAUUUGUGGAUUAUAAAUUAAAUGAUGUUAAAGCUGCGUGUUUGUGUCCGGGGGUACGCGUGUGUGUAGAUGAAUAACUGCCACAUUGUGUCACUACUGACAUGCCCGACUCGAAGGAUCAUGAUGCAGAGGUCAGGUGUGUGUGUGUGUGUGUGUGUGUGUGUGUGUGUGUGUGCGUGCGUGCGCGUGUUCGUUCAUCUUUAACAAUAAACUAUUGUCUAUUUAAUUCCGAUUUCUCUCAGGCAAACUUUCUUCUCUGUGUUCAGUACUUGAAAGUUCAAAUCCUGUGGUCAGAUGUGUGGAAGGGACUUUCACUUUACUCUUACUAGUCUGGAUAUUUUUUUUUAGUCAGAUUUGACCUGAAAUGUGUCACAGGUCAUAUCUGGAACACACCAACAUUCAGUUUAUUAUAACUAGUUUUGGUUUUCGUGUUGCCUCGUCUCACUUUCUGUAAACGAUUGUUUUGAAUUGUUCAAAUUUGAAUCACCUCUCAUGUCCUAAAUGUAGUUCAAAUUUAAGGCAACAGUUCCAUAUUAGUCAAAAAAAACCAGUUUGUGUCACACUGUCUGAUU